AUUGGCCCAAAGCUCGCGGCGAGUGUGGCGUCAGUUUUCUCGUUGGCCUGCCUUCGAAGGUCCGGGUGCCGGAUCGGGGCCAUCGUCCCGUUGAGCCGGCAGAGCUGUCGCAACCUGCCGGCAACGCGCUCGCCGAUCAGGCCAGCUUCUCCGCAUUCUGAAUUUCCCAACACCCACAUCACAACUCCCUCUAGCUCAAGCAUCAGCUUUGUCGUCCCGGCCUUCACACUGGCCUAGAACGACGUCCGUACGCCAUCAUGGCGCUCCGGCUACCUCGUGCGCUCACUGUCGCGGCGCUAUCGCUGUCAUGCGUCGCUUCGGCCUUGACCAACUACUCUUCCAUCGAUAUGAUGCGAGCGCAACUAGCCCUCAUGGAGGAUCGGCCAAAGGAUUGCCCUCCAUGCUUCAACUGCAACCUCCCAAUCUACUCGUGCGGUCAGUUCGCGCCAUGUAGCGAAUACAGCGGGAAAUGCAACUGUCCUGCGGGCUUCGGCGGCGACAACUGUCUAGAACCUCUGUGCGGUUCUCUAGCGCGGGGACCGGAUCGCUCCGUACGACAAGGGAAGUCCUGCGAAUGUGACGAAGGCUGGACGGGCAUCAACUGCAACGUCUGCACAAGCGACAGAGCAUGUGAUGCCAUGACAGAAACGGGAGACGGCGGUGUUUGCUACACAGGAGGUGAGGUAGUAAAGCAGAACUACCAGAUGUGCGAUGUCACGAAUAAGGCCAUCCGGGACCUCCUCGGCGCUCAAGUGCCCCAGGUUACUUUCACCUGCCAUAAGGAAUCUGGGGAGUGCGAUUUUCAAUUCUGGGUUGAUGAGCAAGAGUCUUUCAUGUGCCACCUGAACGAGUGUCAAUCGAGCGCCGACUUCGACCAGUCAGGAGGGAAGAAUUCGACGUCCUACAAGUGUGAGAAGAUUCGAUGCGAGUGUAUCCCCGACCGCAUGCUUUGCGGCAAGGAUGGUUCCGUCGAUAUCAGCGACUUCCUCGUGGAAGAGAUCCGCGGCCCCGCCAAGUUCGAAUGCAACCAGCGAUCCGGAGAGGAAAAGAAGUGCGCGUUCCAAGAGCCAGCGAUGAACAACCUGAUCAGCGACAUAUUUGGCGACUCAAGCAUCCUGCUCACUUGUGGAGCCGGGGAGUGUUUAUACCACACAGAGGUGCCCGGAUAUGCCCCCGAUGUGCCCAAGAUCAAUACUCCGCUCAUCGCCGGAGUCAUUGCUGGAUGCUCCCUCUUCUUGGUUGCUGUUAUCCUGGGGACUUGGUACCUAUCCAGGCGACAGUUCAAGUAUGGGGCAAUCCACCUGGAUGACUCGGACGACGAGGCCAUCAAGCUCAUGACCGACCACAAACCGGCAUCGCUGUACUUCCGGAAUGUCUGCUACAGUCUUAAUGGCAAGGAUAUUCUGUCGGGAAUCCAAGGCAUGGCCCAUCCCGGUGAGCUCACGGCCAUCAUGGGGGCGUCUGGCGCCGGCAAGACUACCUUCCUGGAUAUCCUCGCCCGCAAGAAUAAGCGCGGGAAUGUCUCCGGAGAGUUCUAUGUCAACGGUGAAAAGGUUAGCGAUGCUGACUACAAGAAUGCCACCGGAUUCGUCGACCAGGAGGAUACCAUGCUUCCAACGUUGACUGUCCACGAGACGAUUCUCACAAGCGCCCUCCUUCGCCUUCCGAGGGACAUGACGAGGGCAGCAAAAGAGCAGAGAGUUCUCGAGGUUGAGAAGCAAUUGGGUAUCUACCAUAUUCGGGACUCUCUAAUCGGAUCGGAAGAAGGCAAGGGUCGCGGCAUCUCGGGAGGCGAGAAGCGUCGUGUCAGCAUUGCUUGCGAACUCGUCACCAGCCCAUCCAUCCUGUUCCUGGAUGAGCCUACGAGCGGCCUGGAUGCGUACAACGCCUACAACGUUAUUGAAUGCCUUGUCACAUUGGCCAAGACAUACAAGCGUACCGUCAUCUUCACCAUCCAUCAGCCCAGAUCCAACAUUGUCGCCCUGUUCGACCGCCUGAUCCUGCUGGCCCAGGGAAAGACCGUAUAUUCUGGUCCGCUGCAUCAAUGUCAGGAUUACUUUGACCACAUCGGAUAUAGCUGUCCUCCUGGCUUCAACAUUGCCGAUUACCUCGUCGAUCUUACGAUGCACGCUGGCUCCACCACGUCAUUCGAUGAUGGAACUCUGUUGACAGAUGUGGCCAGUGUUGGUCCUAGUAGCACCAGGGCAGUCAAGUCGGUCGCCAGCAUUUCUGGCACUAGUGUUGGCGAUGACAACAGCACAGUCGAAGCAUCAUCGUCCCGCCCGAAGAACAAGCGCCGCGACUCAGUGCGAGUCAGGCAGGAGCGGGAACUCUACACUCGACGCAAGCACGCGGUCGACACGGCGGCGUCCUCGGAUGCUGGUGAUGAGAUCGGGGCUUACAAGCUUCAAACACAGCCUACACGCAUCGUGAGCCCUUCCCGGGCUGACGACCACGACGAUCUCCCUCCUCCAGCCGCCACCGGAACCGACCUCGACAUCUUAGUACAGUCUUACAUCCAGUCCGACAUUGCCGGAAACACCCACGACGAGAUCCAGCAGGCCGUCAUGGCAGCAGUCAAUAGCAACGGCCAGAACUCCAAUGGAAACAUAGGAGACGGCAACAUUAACACUGGUACGAUGGGCAAGGGAUACGCGCGUGUCGGCUACUGGCGGCAGUUUGUCCUUCUCUCCCAGCGGACCUGGCGCAACCUUUACCGAAAUCCGAUGCUGAUGCUCACGCACUACGCCAUCGCCAUUCUCCUGGCCGUCUUCGCCGGCUACCUGUUCUACGGCCUAACCAUGGACAUAGCCGGAUUCCAGAACCGGCUUGGUCUAUUCUUCUUCGUCCUCGCCCUCUUCGGCUUCAGUACCCUGACCACUCUCUCGGUCUUCUCCCAAGAACGCCUCCUCUUUGUGCGCGAACGUGCAAAUGGCUACUACUCCCCCGUCACCUACUUCGCCGCCAAGGUCCUCUUUGACAUCGUCCCGCUGCGCAUCAUCCCGCCUAUCCUCCUUGGUGCCAUUGUCUACCCCAUGACCGGACUGGUAGCGGAGGUUGACAAGUUUCUUGUCUUCAUGCUCGUGCUCGUUCUCUUCAAUCUGGCCGCGGCGGCCAUCUGCCUCUUCAUCGGCAUUGUCUGCAAGGAUGGCGGCGUGGCAAACCUGAUUGGCAGUCUCGUCAUGCUGUUCAGUCUGCUCUUUGCCGGCCUGCUGCUCAAUCAUAACGCGAUCCCGAAGUCGGCACUCUGGCUGCAGUGGUUAUCGAUCUUCCAUUACGGCUUCGAGGCGCUCAUUGUGAACGAGGUCACGCAGCUGACACUGAUCGAUCACAAGAUUGGGAUUGAUAUAACCGUACCGGGGGCGGCGAUCCUGAGCUCGUUCGGGUUUGACAACCAAGCCAUGUGGCCGGAUAUCAUCAACCUGGGGGUGUUCGGGGCCGUUUUCAUCGUCCUUGCGUAUGCAGCGAUGCAUGUUUUGCUUGUAGAGAGGCGCUAGUUUAGGCGCUAUGAUAAUAACUGUUGGGGUAUCAGAUUUACACGGAUAUGGCUUAAGUGUAGAAAGCUAGUCGGAGCAGAGCGGGACCUUGUGUUUGAUUAAAUUUGAGCUAGAGGAUUCUUUCAUUUUUUUUUCGUUCUUGAUGCUACCUGGAGGAUAGGUCAACUUCUGAAUCGGCGUGGGUAGGCGCUCGGGUCUCGGGUCUUCCUUACGG